AUGUCUGAUAAACCACAAAAGAAGAACAAGCUCAUCUUCAAGGGUGACAAAGAGCAAAAAAAGAAGAAGAGAAAGCAUCGUGCGGAUGAAAAGGAAGAAAGAGAACAUAGCGAAACAACAGACCAAGUUUGGGUCAGAGCAGACAAUUUGGAAGACUUGAUGGGGCCAUUGUUCAUCACUCAUCCAAGCGACCCACCUGUGUGUCUCACUGUAGAUGAAGAUGACCGUUUCAUGGCAUAUCCCCUGCCGGAUCUGUCAGAGACAGCACCUGAGCCCACCAUCAUGCAGCAAGUGUUUGUGGGGUCGCGUAUUACAGGAUCGACGAAUGCAUUUACAUUCAAAUCUGCCAACGGCAAAUAUCUGAGCAGCGAUAAAAUUGGCGUAGUAGCAUGCGACAGUGAAGCUAUUGGUGGUCAGGAAGAAUGGAAGCCUACAGUGACAGAGUCAGGCAUUGCAUUUGAAAGCGUACAUGGCAAAUUUUUGAUGGUCGACGAAAUUGCAGGUGGAGGUGUUCGUAUUCGUGCAGAUGCUGAAGACGUUGGAUUCUGCGAAUCAUUCAGAGUGUACUGUCAGUCAAGAUUCAAGUACAAACCAAAGUCGAAAAAGCAAAAAUCGGAUGGAACUGGCUCAGAGGUGGAUAAUGUGUAA